AUGCGGCCUCACCUUGGAAACAGCAAACCAAAGCAACCAUUUCGGCCCAAUGGUCAAGCCAAAGUCAAGAAGCAUGAGCAUACGAAUGCAGCAACCAAGAACAACACCUCGAUCCGGUUACCGCUCUUUGAUCGUAGUCGAUUGCAACCAAAGUGGAAGACGACUCGACGUGUGGGCCCAGGUCUUAUCAACGGCCAAAACACAUGUUUCCUCAACUCGGUGCUGCAAUGUUUGACGUAUACGGCUCCUCUUGCCCAGCAUCUUUUGACAGCAAAGCAUAAAAACAAGUGCAAGAUGCCCGGAUUUUGUGCUCUUUGUGCCAUGGAAACUCAUGUUCAUCGUGUGUUUGAAGGAUCCAAAGGAAAAGGCGCCAUUCUUCCAAAAUACUUUACUUCCAAUUUGCAAGCUUUGUCAAAGACACUCAAGUUGCGACGUCAAGAAGAUGCUCAUGAAUUCCUCAUGUUUGUAUUCACUGCAUUUCAAAAAGCAUUAUUGCAAGGUCUUGGCAAGGUACCGCCCAAGGUGGAAGAAUCAACCAUGUUGCAUGGCAUUUUUGGUGGUCGUAUCCAAUCACAAGUACGCUGUUUCAGUUGCAAUCAUCGAUCCAACACAUACGAGGCGCUUCUUGACUUGAGUGUGGACAUUCACCAUGCACAUUCGUUGGAGCAUGCACUGAAGCGAUAUAUCAAAAUGGAUAAGAUUGGAGGCAGUGAUCCAGAUAGCAAGUAUAAAUGUUCAGGGUGCAAGCAAAAAGUGAAUGCUGGCAAGCAAAUGACCAUCCGUGAACUUCCAAUGACCAUGGCCAUCCACCUCAAACGAUUUACUUUUGAUAUGCAACGAGGCUACAUGCGCAAAGUAUCCGAUCGGAUCAAAUACCCCGAAUUCCUCGAUAUGGCUGCCUAUCUUAGUCCUGAGACGAACAAGCAACAAAAAGGAUCAUCGAAAUACAGGCUCUAUGCUGUAUUGGUACAUCUUGGACACAGCUGCAAUUCUGGACAUUACUAUGCCUAUGUAAAGAACUCGGAUGGACAAUGGUAUAUUAUGGAUGAUGAAGAUGUCCAUCCAGUUUCUCUCAAAGAGGUCAUGUCACAACAAGCCUAUAUCUUAUUUUAUGCCAAUGAUACUGGCAAGGUUGCUGCUACUACACCCGCCGCCAAGGAACAAUCGAAUGACACAAAGACCGCCAUUGCACCAUCAAUAUCCACCAAAGAAAAAGAGAACAAUGACGACACACAUGUACAGCAACCCAAUGGCAUUGCUGAGAAACGCAAGGCACGUGAUGAAGAAGAAGAGGAGGAGGUGCAAUCAUCAAAGAAGAAGCUUAAGGAUGAAUUUGAGAAGGGUGAUGAUGUCAUUGCCGAUCGUCCUCAAGAUUGGUUUGUUCGUUCCUCUGCAUUACCCUAUCGAUCGCUUCGUGGUAGAUAUUCACCCGAUACCUAUGGUGCUGCCCUUUCUCAUCCAAGUGCAUGGGUUGUUCGUCCUAUUGAUCAGCCGCUUACCGAUGAUGACCGAAAGAGUUUAGUCACACCUACUCCUCGUACAUGGCGUAAAAAGCCUUCUACAUGGCAUAUUGUAUAA